CACACACCAUGUUGAUACCAGGUGUGAAGGGAACGCUUGACAUAUAUUACGUAAGAUGGAUGACGAAACGCGAGACCUCCUCCUGACGUCACCACGUCGGUCCACAGUCUCGAGCUGGAGACGUGACGGUGACGGCGGCUCCUCACCACGGACUGUGGAUUCAUACAUGCUCUAUGUUCUAUGUUCUAUGUUCGCACAGAUGUUUAUGUUUUAGUUUACAUCGCCAGAUGUUAGCGGUCUCGUGCUGAACGGAGACACGAUGGCGGAGCAGAACACGGAGGCGAAGCUGAAGAACCUUCUGAAGCAGGAGAAGAUCCAGCUGUGGAACCCUCCGUACACGGUGGAGGAGGAGGAGGAGGAGGAGCCGCAGCACCUUCAGCAGGAGCUGGCGGAGCGGUUGGCCGCCCUGCUGUUCCUGCCGGUGUCGGAGGUGGGGGGGGCUCUGGAGUCCAUCCGAGUGCAGGCAGUGAAGAGGAGCAGAGGGAACCAGAUGUUCAGGGAGACACACGUGGCCUCACUGGAGCUGCUGCUGCCCCGGAGCAGCAGGAAGUCAAAGAAGAACUACCUGGAGACAAGGCUGGACGUGUGUGUCCAGGAGGUGGUGGACAGAAUCGACCAAGAGUUCGACCUCCGACACAUCAAACUGAUCCUGAACGGUAGAACUCUGAUUCCACACGAGCGCCUGGACGAGCAGGGCGUGAAGAACCACAGCAAAGUGAUGGUUCUGAAGGUGAGCGACACCGAGCUGAAGCAGCUGAUGAGUGAAGAGGAGCAGAGGAAGAAGCAGCAGAGCGAGAACCUCCAGAGGACGCAGAAGGGCUUCCAGAUCCUGUCCGAGAGAGACGGCAGCGAGGUCUCCAAUGACGUUCCGUUCCUGGAGAUCGCCGACCAGAAGGGAAACCCGCUGAAGAUCCCGCACAAGGAGAGGAAGGCUCUGAUCCUGGCCAUGGGUUUCCAUGAGAAAGGUCGUUCUCUGAUGAAGAGGAAACAGUACGAUGACGCUCUCAGUCACCUGCUGCAGGCCGACCAGCAGUUCAGUGUGUGCGGCUCCGCCCUCCUCAGCUCAGUGGAUAACUUCGCCGUCCUCCAGCUGGACAUCGUGUGGUGCUAUCGAGCUCUGGAGGCGCUGGCGUGUCUGGACGACGGGCGCAGCCGCCUGCAGCGAGCGGAGGACUGCUUCCUGCAGUGCUACGGCGAGCGGCAGGAGCGCCUGCUCAUGAUCAAGGGUAACACAGGCAGAGAGGAGGUGUUGUUUCUCCGGUUGUACCUCCUCCAGAGUCUCCUCUCCUACAUCGAAGGAAACGACACUCAGGCGCGACAGCAGCUGAGCAAAGUGGAGUCUCUGUUCAGUCACCUGGGUCUGGACUCAGAGAAGAUGGCUCAGCUGAUGGAGCUGGGCUUCUCGGAGAGAGAAGCUCGACUGGGACUCCGAGCCUGCCAGGGCGACCUGCAGGAGGCCGCCAUCCACAUCAGCCACCGCAGACAGGAGCGAGAGGAGCUGAAGGAGAGGGAGAGGCAGAAGAGGAGCAGGAGGAUGGAGAACAUCUCCGCCCUGGCUGAGCUGGGCUACUCCCGGAGAGACGCCGCCCGGGCGCUGCAGCGCGCCGACGGAGACGUGAACAAGGCCUGUGAGAUCCUCCAGGACGCCAGCCAGGCUGCUCAGGCGACCAAUGACAGCAGAGCGGGGGGGGCGGCGAGUCCAGAGAAGCUGGAGCAGUUGUUGUACUUGGGUUUCGAGAGGGACGCGUCUGAAGCAGCUCUCACUCUGACAGAUGGAGACGUCCAAUCAGCUGCUCAGUUUCUGCUGGACAACCAGGGUGUCCUCUCCCCCCCCUCCUCCCCCGCCACAGAGGAGCCCAGCACCUCCUCCUCCCACGCCACAGAGGAGCCCAGCACCUCCUCCAGCACCCCAGAGGACGAGGAGCUGGUGAGUGAGGUUCUGGAGGACCUGUCCCGUCACGAGGAGGACUACCUGGACCUGACGCUGGAGGAGGAGAGCCAGCUCAUCGACACCAUGAAGAGCUUCCUGAGCCGAGGGGACGCACACACAGACACACACACCCUGUGACGCACACACAGACACACACUAACAGUGUGUUUCUCCUGCUUCAUUCUGACAGAGAUCUGGUUUUAAGGCUCAGAUCAGAUUGUUGCUCCUCGUUUGAUUUCAUGUAAAACUUUCUGAGAGAAUCACGCAAAUUUAUUUUAAAACUGGACAAAUCUGCACUUGUUACAUGAAGCAGCUUCAGGAGGAAGAAGAUAUUAUUACUUUUUGAUAAAUCAAAGGAUCAACUUGUGUUUUCUUUUUUAAAAAUCUGCUUAUUUUUAAAGAGAAAGUUCAUGUUUGAGAAAGUUUGUAUUUUCUGUUGAAGAAGAAGAAGCACUUUGUCUUUUAUUUAAAUAAAAUUCAUUUUCAUGUUGA